AUGAUCCCAUCGCACGCCCUCGUGGACCUGUGCUGUCACAUGCUUGAUGUGGGGGUGACUUGGAUUUCUCCCGGCAAGUGCACCAGCCGUGAAAGUGAGAUACAACUGUCGACCAAGGACCAGAGCCGGGUCUUCCGACUUGAGGAUAACUCACUUAAGGUGGGUAGCGAUCAGCCCAAGGACACCGCUUCCUUUGACUCUCCGAUCAAACUCCAGUGGUGUUUGCAGCGACGUGGAUUGGCUCUGGACCAGGCCAGGGUCAUGUCGUGGGCCCAACACGAGCGGUGGGUUCAUUGCUUGCUGCAUGCGCUCACCAAGGAAUGCCCUGCGGGUUUUCACAAACCAGACAUGAAUCGCAUCGUUCAGGCAGACCGUGAGGCAUGGCUGAUCAUGGCUUCUGAAGUUAAGUCGAUUAAGGUCACUGCUGCCGGGGACUUUCCUUUGGGCUUGGCGCUCGACGCACUGCGAACGGACCCUCGGAUCACCAUGUAUCUAAUGGCCACGUGGGGCAGGGCGCCUGACGUCAAGCCUGUUGAUGUGGAUCACCCACCGCCGGCUCACAACAAGCCCGGCGAAGGCUUGUCUCGAUCUGCCAAGCGCCGACGCCGGCUUAAAGCCGCAGCUGCUUCGAGAACUACCACGCCAACCGGCAAGGCCCCCUCGGCUGCUCGCACCAUGCCUGCCGAGCUUAAGGAUGCUCACCAGAAGGCCGAGGAUGGCACGCCGAUCUGUUGGGACCAUAACUGCGGUGGAUGCAAGAACAAGACCGAGGGCGUACCGACUGAGGUUGAGCGCUUGGCUGCCGACUGUUUGCGUGCCGGUUUUGUGAGUUUCGAUUCGCUCAUGUCCAUGAGUGCUUUGCUUCCCGUCGAUACAGUCAGGCGGUGUGGAUACUUGCUGCCGGUGCACCAGGGGCCACAGCUCCUUCCAUCGGAGCGUCUUCAUGCCACCUGUGACUGGCGUGGCACGAUCAUCGCCUUCAACUUUGCGAGGCUGGCUUUCGUCUACCCGGCCACGACUGUCAUGCUGCUGCAUCUCCUGCCUCUGUCGAGCACGACGGCGGCUACGCACCACCUCCGGUUGAUAGGUAACCACUUCAACCGCCGCUUCGGGGUCGCGCCUUUGGUUUUGGAGGUCUUUGCGGGUACGGCGCGCCUAAGUUCUGCGUGUCAACGGCUUGGCUUUCGCACUUUGGCGGUCGACAAGGCCUCUGCGCAGAGUCGUUUUCCCAUACAGCAGCUUGACCGGAAUGACCACAUGAGGCAAGCUGAGCCGGAGCAACACUUCUUGGAACAGCUGCAUCACGAGGAGACGGUGCAAGUAUGCGGUCUCUUGCAAAGCGAUGACCCUUGCUCGACUAGUGCAGAGUUGAUCGUCGUGGGCAUCCCCCGUGAACCUCAGAACUUCGUCAAUGAGGCGGUCAAAGCGGGACACCCUCGGAACGGGCUUGCUUCCAGUCGGUCUGGGCCGGCUGCUGACAUUGUGGAUGCUGUGCUCUUGUCCUUUGAAGACAGGGAGAAGAGGGCUGAGGCCACAAGGCAGCGAUGGAGCAACAUAGAGGCGACUACGAGAUCUCUGAAUGACAAGAUACUGAAGGGCAAGCCCAAGUACUUGACCGAGGCUCUUGGCAACAAAAAUGUCCUUGCCUGGAGAGACAUCCUUCGACACAACGGCUUCAAGGACGAUCAGCUUUGGGCGGAUCUGAGAGAUGGAUUUCGCCUCACCGGAUGGAUGAGGGACACUGGAAUCUUUGACAAAAAGUUGCGACCUCCCGAGACCACCCUUGAAAGGCUGCUUGAACAAUCCAGCUACCGUACUCCUCUUACCUUGAACAAGUUGAGGAAAACGGUGGUGGAUGAUACCACUCGCAAGGCGUGGGCGGAGACGCUUGAGGAGGAGAAGAAGGGAUGGAUCUUCCGAGACGCGAUGGCGACUGAUAAACCGAUGGUCAUCGCCCAUCGGUUUGGCCUGGAACAGAAGGGCAAAGUCAGGGUCAUCGACAACGGCAAGGAAU